UGUAUUACUAGAGAAGUGCAUUCAGACAGGAUAUUGAUUUAUUGGUAGCAAAUGUGUUCCAUAAAUGAAGACUUAAUCCUAUACCUGUGCUUAUAGCCUAAAUAUAGGAGCUAGGGAAUAGAAUGAGAGAUGCCCACAUUGUCAAGGCUAGUGUCUCUCCUCUCUCAUUGAAACGUGAAUUUUUUAUUUUUUUUGAAAAAUGGAGAACCACCUAUCUGCUAGUUGUCUUGACAGCCUGCCCAGUACGCAAGUGUGCUCCACUGAAUGUAGCAGUAUUGAUUUUGGAUUUCAUGUUUCUGAUGAUAAAGAUGUUUUAGAUGGGCUGUUGAGCCAGGACCAUGGAGAGCUGUGUCAGCGGGUACUUUGUCUGGAGAAGAAGGUCCAGCAGCAGGAGGAUGAGAUCAUCUGUCUGAAGAGUGCACUGGCUGAUGUCAUCCGCAGGCUAGGCCAAGUGGAGGCCACCAAAGCACAAUCAUCCUCAGCGCUGCCCAGUAAACCCAAUUUCCGGGGGACGCCGACCCGUAGGGCAGAAAAGGCCUACAGCAGUCCCUUGGACAAUGCCCACAUCACCCCCAACAAACGACCCACCACCCCCACACAUCGCUCUGCUGCCUCCCCUCGGACCAACACCCCCAGUAAAAAGUGGUCUUCCAUGUCGAACUCCCUGGAUUCCUCUACUCUCCAUAGGGACGGCCAGGCUAACAAACCUGUCGAACUGAAAGCUAGCAAAGGUGUUGAACCGAAAUCUAGCAAACCUGUUGAACCAAAAUCUAGCAAACCUGUUGAAACCAAACGUACUAGUAAAAGCUUUGAGAGACAGAGUUCUAAUGAAAGGAGCAGCCGAGAUCCUGAGUGGAGAGCAGAGGAAGGAUAUGUGAAAAUCUACCUCAGGGGCCGAGCUAUCAAUUUAUAUGCCCCCACCUCGGUGGAGAAUGUGGAUGUGACCAGUGUGGCUGAUCCACCCUCAGAGAAACUGCAGCUGGAGUGGGUCUAUGGGUACCGAGGCAGAGACUGUCGCUCCAAUUUGUACUACCUUUCCACUGGAGAAAUCAUCUACUUUGCAGCAGCAGCAGUUGUUCUCCACAAUGUGGAGGAGAAUACCCAACGGCAUUACCUGGGUCACACCGACGACGUGAAGUGUCUCGCCAUUCAUCCUGACCAAGUGAGAGUUGCCACAGGUCAAGUAGCAGGUCAUGACCAGAAAGAGGGCAAGAGAAAAGCUGGGAAAAAAGAUAUCCCUGAUGCAGAUAAAGAUCAUUGGCCCCAUGUGAGGAUAUGGGACACCAUGAACCUGAACACCCUUCAUGUGAUCGGGAUAGGAGACUUCGACAAGGCUGUCAGCUGUCUCUCCUUCUCCAGGCUGGACGGAGGGAACCAGCUGGUGGUGGUGGAUGACGCUAACGACCACGUCAUGUCUGUGUGGGACCUGAGCAAGUCUCACCCCAAGAAGAUCACAGAGACCAAGAGUUCCACUGAGCCAGUGCUGGCUGCAGAGUUCCAUCCCCUGGAAAAGGGCAACAUCAUCACCUGUGGGAAAGGUCAGAUCUCCUUCUGGACCCUUGAGGGAGGCUCACUGGCCAAGAAGACCGGCAUCUUUGAUAAACAUGAUAAACCAAAGUUUGUUCUGUGUGUAGCAUUUGCCGAGAAUGGAGACGUUAUAUCUGGAGAUUCAAACGGAAACAUUUUCAUUUGGCCCAAAGGAAACAACAGAAUAUCUAAAGCUAUUGAGGGAGUCCAUGAAGGUGGGAUUUUCUCUGUGUGUGUGAUGAAGGAUGGCACCCUGCUCUCUGGAGGGGGAAAGGACAGGAAGAUUGUCCAGUUUGACAGCUCCUACACCAAGACCGGGGUCGAGACAGAGAUCCCUGAGAACUUUGGAGGGGUGAGGAUGCUUAACCAGGGUAAGGGAGGCAUGGUUCUUGUAGGGACCACCAGGAACUGUAUCCUCCAGGGGACCGUGGAUCUACAGCUCAACCCCAUUGUACAGGGUCACAUGGAUGAGUUGUGGGGACUAGCUUCUCACCCCAGUCAGCACCAGUUUAUGACCAGUGGCUCUGACAAACAAGUACACAUGUGGGACAGCAUGAGUCGAUCUGUCGUCUGGUCCAAGGAACUCUCGGACCCAGCCCACAGCUGUAGCUUUUACCCAGAUGCCAGUGUGGUUGCCAUAGGAACAGAGACUGGAAGAUGGCUGGUGCUGGAUUGUGAGACUCAUGAGAUUGUUACCAGUCACACAGAUGGCAACGAACAGAUAGAGUGUGCUCUGUAUUCUCCAGAUGGGAAAUACUUAGCUCUUGGAUCUCGAGACAACCAUAUCUAUAUUUAUGAGGUGACAGAGGGAGGCAAGAAAUAUUCCAGGAUUGGAAAAUGCUCAGGUCAUAGCAGCUUCGUAACACACCUGGACUGGUCAACCGAUGGUGUAUAUUUGUGCAGUAACUCAGGAGACUAUGAAGUCUUGUACUGGAAGGUUCCAGCAUGCAAACAAGAAACAUCAAUUUCUGCUGUCAGGGACCUUGAAUGGGCCACCGGAAAUUGUACUCUAACUUUCAAUGCUGCAGGAGUUUGGCCAGAGGGAGCUGAUGGUACGGAUGUGAACAAUGUCUGCCGCUCCAACAACAAGAAGAUCCUGGCCAGUGCUGAUGACUUCGGGAAAGUCAAUCUCUACCAGUAUCCAUGUUGUCAACCAAAGGCUAAGAAGCAUGUUUACAAGGGACACAGCAGUCAUGUGACCAACGUCAGCUUCCUGUUUGACGAUUCUCGCCUGUUGUCCACGGGAGGAAGAGACAUGUCAAUCAUGCAAUGGCAGGUCGUGUAAACAGUUACACUGUAAAGUAGGAUACACUGUUACUCCAAAUUACAUUGUUUAGUGGGAUUACGUUGUAACUCUGGUGCAGUGUAAAACAAGUUCUACUGUUUAUUGGUUUACAUGGUAACUUGAGGUUAUAACAUUGUAAAUGAGAGUUGCACUGUAUAUCAACUUCCUAGUUAGGCAUUAUACAGUUGUUUUCACAUAUAGGUCUAUGUUAUUGUUAUAUAUUUUGUAAUUUCAAGGUGUAGUGAUGUAGGGAAACUUUUUCUACCUUUUUGUAUUGUUACAGUUUAUAAAUCAUUUCCUUAAUAUGUAUGUAUCUGAAUGUGUAAAUGUAUAUUCUGUGUCUGGUGACCUUUUUCUUGCAUAUGUUUAUUUUUUCUUCCUAUUUCAUAUAUGAACAAGACAGUAUUUGAUGUGGAGCAAUUUUUUAAAGUAAUAUAAAAGACUUUGCAAACAGGGUUUUAGAUUGAUUUUUAGAACAGUUAAUUGUAUUGAUUUACAGUUGUGUAUCAGGAUGUAGAUUAUGAGUUUCUAUCAUAGUCAGUGUACAUUGUAGGUACAUGUAUUCAAUGUGUGUAUGUGUGGAAAUUUAUAGAAGAUAUUUAAGAAAAAUUCAUAUAAGAUUUGAUGUACUUAAUAGUUUUUUGAAUAAUUAACCAAUUAGAAAUUUGUACAAGUGUGGUUAGUGAUUUUGCGUAUUUUUUUUUUUAAUUUGUGCAUGAAUUAAUAAUUAAUUCUCAACUUUUGAUAAAUUUUAAUGGUUUUUUUUUCUUUUUGCUUUCAUUAUCCGAUUUAUUUUUUUUAAUUUUGCCUGUGUAGGUUAUGUGUAGUUUUCACAAUGAUUAAAAUUAAGAUAAUGAAUUAAUAAAACCUUUUCAGUAUUAGGAGAGCUCAAAAUUAAAAGACAAAUCAUGUUGGUAAAAAUGAUUGUCAUAAUGAAAAUCUUCAAACAAUUUAAACAUACUUUGUAAAAUUAAUGUAUUCUUUAAUGUGCAAUACACUAAUUAGUACUAUUUUACUUUUAUUAAUGUGUUUUUUUUAAGUGCUUGAAUUUGAUAACUUGUUACAAAAUCAAAACAUUAGGAUUAUAUAUAUUCAUGUAAUAGUUUUGAUGAUAGGCAAUUUACAGAUCAAGUUAUUUGGUGGUCUCUUAAUUGAAUCUUUAACUUCUUUUCCCUCUUUUUAUAGUGUCUUAUAUCAAAUGUACAGAUUAUACGUAUAUACUUUUGUUCUCUUUAUUAAUCAUAUACACAAAUUUUGUCUUGAAUAAAAGAUUUGGUUGCAUCAUCA